UCAUCGUUUUUCUAGAUUUUAUUUACAGAUCGUAUUAGAAGUAGACUUUAUUGUCAAAUAAUCUGAGCUUACAAAAAUAUCAGAACUAAAACCUUACGAAUAAAAAUGAAGUUUGGCAAGACCCUUGAGACUCUUAUGGUAGCCGAAUGGCGGUAUCAGUACAUGAACUACAAUGAACUGAAGUUUAUGAUAUUGAAUGCCGUGGAGAAAACUCCUGAUUCUAACCGGGCAAAUAGUGCAGUGAUAGCCGCUUAUUACAACGAUUUUGAGGCGCUCUUUUUCAGAACCUGCCAUGAGGAGCUGAACAAGGUAAAUGAUUUCUUUGCCUACAAACAGGCGGAGGCGCACCGCAAGUUGGCCAGCCUGAACUAUCAGCUAUCACUCCUGGCCCGUCGUCAACAGGAUCCUCGAGGAUCGCAGUCGACAUCACGGGCAUCGAUCUCGUCGAGGAGCCGCCAGCUGGAGCACAACCGUCAGAAGCCGCCAGAAAGCAAACUUCGGCUGGCCAUGAGCGAGUUUUAUCUAAGCCUUAUUAUGCUCCAGAAUUACCAGACGCUAAACAUGACAGCCUUUCGCAAGAUAUGCAAAAAGUAUGACAAGAAUCUAAAAUCAGGUGCUGGAUUUUCUUGGUACGAGCGUUUCGUCAUUAGGGCGUCCUUCUCCAUCGACACGCGUCUCGAUCGGAUGAUUACCACCGUCGAGGAUCUGUAUACGGAGUACCUGGCCAAUGGAGAUCGAUCCAAGGCGAUGGCCAAACUCCGAGUACCUCCCUUGGGUCAACCCACUGCACCCGGUCACGUUUUCUGCGCAGGACUCUUUCUCGGACUUUUUGUGGUGACCGCCAUCAUUUGUCUGAUCUCGUAUUUUUGCCUUGAUCUGAGCCCAGAGUUUCGUUUUAUGUUUGCCAGCCUGUUUAGAGGACCCAUAGCAGGUGUGACUUUUGGCUUUUGUCUGGUACUCAAUAUAAAAGUCUUCGAGAAAGUGGGCAUCGACCAUGUUUUGAUUUUCGAAGUGGAGCGAAGGAACGCAUUGAGUGCCAUGCGAGCCUUGGAAAUGGUUGGUUUCUUUGGAUACCUCAGCGCUCUAAGCGUUUUGCUUUAUUUGCUCCACAAAGAGUUCUUCAUAAGUGAUCCGUAUUACAUACCACUUGUCCAGUUGGCAGUUGCGGUUGUGCUGUUCCUCAAUCCCAUACCCAUUUUUUUCUACUCGGCCAGGAUUUGGCUGAUGACCACAUUGGGUCGCAUUCUUUUGGCGCCAUUUUUCUUUGUGAAAUUCGUGGACUUCUGGGUGGCCGAUCAGUUUACUUCGCUGGUAAUUUGCUUAGUCGAUCACUAUCAUCUUAUAAGGUUCAAUGUAAGAUACUUUCUGGAUCGGAGCGAUGCCUUCGACUUUGAGCCCGACUACGCGGUGGCCGUCAUUCGUUGCCUUCCCGCAUGGUUUCGAUUUUGCCAGAGUCUUCGUCGAUUCAGGGACAGCGGAUCCAAGUCCACGGACUAUCUGAUAAAUGCACUAAAGUACUUCCUGGCCAUGAUGGAGGUUAUCGUUUCAACAGCCCAAAUGGAAACGAUUGGCAAGUACAGUAAUCUUUUAGAGAAUCCCUGGACUUGGGCCUAUAUAAUGAUAUGCGUUGUUUCGUCGAUAUACUCUUUGCUAUGGGAUUUCCUAAUGGACUUUGGUUUAUUUAGAGUGUGGAAGGGCGAGAACCUAUUUCUGCGUGACAAUCUAGUCUAUCCCAAGUGGUUCUACUACCUUGUGAUUGUGGAGAACACACUGUUGCGAUUAGCUUGGACCUUGGAGUUUGUUCUGGUCCAUCAGGAAUUGGUGGCUCCCUACAAUGCCAAAUCGAUUGUGUGUUUUAGCGAGAUAGUGCGACGCUUCGUUUGGAACUUUUUGCGCCUGGAGAAUGAGCAUUUGUAUAAUUGCGGGCAAUUUAGAGCCACACGGGACAUAUUCGUAACCAGAUUGGAUCCGCAGGAGGAAAGAUUUUUGGAGGAUAUGAUGGAUGGCUCAGAUGACUUGGCGAUGGACAAGCUGGAUAAAAAGUAUUUCUAAGAUGCAACUUUUCACUUGAUUUGUGCUUAAAUGGGGUUUUCCUUUC